GAAUAGAGGGUAAAGGCACAAACACUCACUGCACCUAUUUGAGAAUUAUGACUACCUCAAACCAGAAUGUUGAGUUUGUGAGGACAGGUUAUGGGAAGAAUCAAGUUAAAGUUCUGUAUAUUCGGAGGGAGAGGAAUCAACACUACAUAUUGGAGCUGAAAGCAGAUGUGCAGCUUACGCUAAACUCUCUGAAAGAUUACCUCACUGGAGACAACUCGGACAUCAUUCCAACCGACACCAUCAAAAACACUGUCCAUGCCCUGGCCAAGCUAAAAGGAGUUAAAACCAUUGAGGGCUUUGCCUUGGACAUCUGCAAUCAUUUCCUGACAGCGUUCAAACAUGUCACACGAGCAAAGGUCAACAUUGAGGAAGCUCCAUGGAAGAGACUCGAAAAGAAUGCGGUUGAACAUGCCCAUGCAUUCAUCCUCUCUCCAGAGUCUUUGCGCUUCUGUGAGGUUGAACAGUACAGAAAUGCGAAUGCAGUGAUCCACAGUGGAAUCAAAGACAUGAAGGUUCUGAAGACCACGCAGUCAGGUUUCGAGGGCUUCCUGAAAGAUCGCUUCACCACUCUGCAGGAAGCCAAGGACAGAGUCUUCUGCACCUCUGUUUAUGCUAGGUGGCGCUACAACCAGCACAAGGAAGUAAACUUUGACAUGGCAUGGAAAACUAUAAAGGACAGCAUCAUUGAGAAGUUUGCUGGCCCCUACGAUCGUGGGGAGUAUUCACCAUCUGUUCAGAAGACACUCUAUGAUACACAGAUUCUUGUUCUUGAGAGACUGCCAGAGGUCGAGGAGAUUGAAAUCAUCAUGCCGAACCAGCACUACUUUACAAUCGACAUGACUAAACUGGGACUCUCCAAUAAGGAUGAGGUCCUUCUACCUCUUGAUAAUCCAGCAGGCAACAUUACAGGAACUAUAUGCAGGACACCACAAGCCAAACUGUGAAACUGUUCAGAAAAAUGAGGAAUCCACAAACCAGGCCGUCUUAAACAGACUUUAAUAAACCGCAGUAAAAACAAGUCAACAAAAAAAUUAACCCCAUGUAUUCAAAUUUCACAAGUGGAGUUACAGAACACAAAUAAAAGCUAAAAAUAUACACA